AUGCGGCUAAUUACCCAAGCCGCAAGACAAGAAAAGCGUAAAACCACGCACGCAGUCCAAGACAAUCAAGGUUCAAACCAAAAGAGUCCCGAUCUGCUCGCUUGGCUGCAGUGCGAAUCAGGUCCAGACAGAGUGGAUGUCGGAUCUCGGGAAUCGGACGAGCGGGUGGGUGAGUAG